AUGGGAUGGACUCCGUUGAUGUGGUCAGUGUACAAAAAUCAUGUUGAAUGCGUGAAAUUAUUCUUGGAGCAUAAAUCGCACGUGAAUCUGAUCGACGAGGAGGACGGGUUGACGCCGUUGAUAGUGGCGAGUGGGCGGGGCUUUUGCGAUAUCGUGCGCUUGUUGUUGGAGUACGGAGCGCAGGUGAAUGCGUGCGAUAAAUUUGGUAAUACGGCGUUGAUAUGGGCGGCGCGUAAGGGUCACAGGGGCGUGGUCGAAAUGCUGCUGAACGCUGGGUGUGAGUUGGACGCGAUUGGGAUGGUUAUUACUAUUAUUUAUUUUUAUUUUUAUUAUUUAUUACUAUUUUUAUUUAUUAUUAUUUAUUGUAGUUAUUAUUUAUUAUUGUGCAUUAUUAUUAUUAUAUACUGUUGUUUAUUAUUAUAUGUUAUUAUAUAUUAUUAUAUAUUAUUGUAUACUAUUAUUAAUUAUUAUUUAUAA